GAGUAUACGGCUGGCUGCCGGCUGGUCGCCAUAUUGUGGCUAGCUAGAACUUGAAGUUUUUCAUCGUAAAUUUCGUCGUUAUCGACGAAAGGGAGUGCUUCUGCUCCCUUUUUUGUGUUUAAAGUGUUCAUUUCCUAUAUUUACCUCUAGGUAAAGUGUAUUUCUAUAAAGAAAUAUAUUUUUCUUUGUUUUGUAUUAUAAACAUGGCUUUCUAAAAUGUCGGCCCUGUACGUAAAAUCUCUGUCUCCUCGCGGAGUAACCCGCUCAGGUGUUGUUGUGAAUGUUGGAGGAAUCCAGAAUGGACAAAAAAUCUUUAAACCGAUCAUCACCACAGUCGAGGGCCUCUGCCAUCGACUGUAAAAAAAGUACAGAAUUGACGCAUAAACCUUGGCCACGAAACAAUAAAAAACGCGAAGGACCUAACAAUGCUCCCAAGAAUGAGCCAAAUCGUAAGAAUGUGCCGGCGCCGAGAGGAAGGGGCCAAGUGGAUCGGAGGCCUCGCCCUCGCGGUGGGCCCUCCAAUUUCCUUGUGGGUGGAACGCAGAACACCGGGCUAGAAGAUGACGACGAGCCGGAAAUCGGCUCGGUGUUUGUGCCUGGCAGCAAGAAGCAAAACUUGAACCAUUUGCUGAAUUUCAUGUACCCUAGCCGAGGGGUCGCGGAACGCGGCGCGCCCGAGCGGAGAGGCGCUGUGCCACGGCGCCCACCUAUAAGGUUGGCACAUAAGCUGGAUCAUGAUCUCUACCUGCGUGCUAAUUGUCAAUUUGUGGUGAAGGAAGAUGGAGACUACAGGGCAAAUGUGUUGGAUCCAGAUGUGCCUGUUAAAUGGGAUCAAAUUGAAGAAAUCGUGGUACGAAGCCCAGGGAAGUCAGAAUGCCCAAUCUGCCUGGGCGCGCCGGUGGCGGGGCGCGUGUGGCGCUGUGGGCACGUGUACUGCUGGGCGUGUGUGCUGCACUACUGCGCGGCCCACGAGCGCCAGCCCCCGCCCUGCCCCGUGUGCGCCGCGCCACUGCACGUGGCCGACAUGCGUCCCGCCAGGCUGCAGCAGUGGGACUCGCCCGCUGACGAGGUGACAAUGCGUCUAGUGCGUCGCCUUCGAGGCUCGACCACGGUGGAGGUGGCACCGCCGCGCGGGCAGCUGGUAGACUCUGAGGCGCAGGGGCUACUGCCGGUUGAAAGCAUCAAUAACGCACCCUACUCCAAAUUCUUUACAGCUACUAAACAGCAGGUGCGUGAAAUCCUAGAAAGGGAGAGGAAAGAAAUACAAGAUCAGAUAAUGGCAGAAAUUGAUACCACAGAAGUAGAAUUCUUAGAGCAGGCUCUGAACUUGCUUAAAUUGAAAGAAGAGAAAAUAAAUGCGCAGUACGAACAGCCAAAAAUAGCAGAACAAGAGAUAGAUUCUGUUCCUAUUGUAUAUGAGAAGCAAGAGGUCAAUCAAAAUAGGAUAGAUUGGUUUGACAUGACAGAAGAAGGGGCUGCGUGCGUUGAAACUAUACAAGAUCAGGUGGAAGACUUAGCGAUCAGUCUCGCCCAUUCAAACUUGAACCCUGACGCUCCUGAAUUCAACCAUGGAGAUUUGAAUGACAACCCACCUGAGGAAUUCCCGCUCAUCGAAGCGGAACCCGAACCAGUCGUGGAGUUAAAUUAUGACAACUCUUUCACAGAUGUCGACAAACAGAAUCAAGCCAAAUAUUUUUACUUUUAUCAAGCCGAGGAUGGCCAACAAGUGUUCCUAAACAGCUUGAACGUGCGCAUAUUGAACGCUUCGUGGGGUGCUCUGGCCGCCGCGCCGCCCGUCAUCCGAGGACGCGUCUUGCAUCGUGAGACUUUAUCUUUGGCCGAACAGACAAGAAAACACAUGCCCUACACUGCCCAUUUGCCACUUUACUGCUCUUUUGAUAUCGUCGAGCUGGAUUUACAACCACCUUAUGUGACACCUGCUGCUUUGAAUAGUUUUGCAGAGGAGCUGGACCGGCGCGGGCGGCAGCGCGCGCGCUCUGAGCGGGACGAACGGCGCCGCGAGCGCGCUUACCGCCGCGCUAUGGAGGGCCCGCCGCGCCCGGACUUCUCCUCCGAGCUACUGUUCCCCGCGCCGCAGUCCUUCAGCCCACCGGAGCCGAGCCUGCCGCCGCCCUUGGUUGACGCCAGCCCUGUGUCUGCCGUCUCGCCGCCGGGUCUCUCGUUCGCAAAGAUGGCAAGCACGAGUGGGACAUGGCGCGUGCGUAAGACUGCGCCCGCGCCGCCGCCGCCGCCCGACGAUGUGGAAGCGUCAGGCCCGCGUGCGCUCAGCCUCAGCGACGCCAUCGAGGCCGCGCUCCACGCUGCGCCCGCGUCGACUAACAAUAAGAAGAAGAAAAACAAACCAAAGGUUCUGUUCGCAACCGACAUGCAGCGCGCCGCUUAAAACCACAACUGACAGCGGCACCCUAGUAUACUAGAACGAGUUGGAUCCGUUAUAUUAUUUUUAAAUUGACAUGUUUUACACAAGUGAAAAAUUUUGAAAUCAUCUAAAAGUUUACAACUACCCAUGAAAAUUCUGCCGAUAAGGUGAUCAUUUAAAAUGGGUAAAUAUACGGAUGCGUCAAAAAAUAAACAAAUUAACUGGCACUGUAAAUUACAAAGUCUAUAAAACAUUUGCCAUAUCUUUUGCUGAUUUGUUUGCUUUCCACUAACAAGAGAAGAAAAUUGUAUUUUAAUUCAGAUAUUUAGUUAAGAAGUGUAAUAACCUGCAUUUUAUAUUAUCCGAUUUCUGUUCUAAUUACGGCGACUUCCAUGUUUUUUUUUAAUCAUGAUUUGUAAAAGAAAAAUAUUAAGGAGUUUUUGGGUAGUUUCCAUUUAGUCGAAUCAAAACAAGAAAUAACUAUGUAUACUUCAAUCAUAUUAUAAUGAAAAUGUACUCCGUGAUGUCAUAGAAAAACGUGAUAAAAUAUGCAUAAAAUACCGAAGUUAUUGUUGCGUUUAUCUUAAAAUUAGUGUGGAAAAAAGAAAAUUAUUUUAUUAGUAUAAGACUUGUAGUGAUUUAGCUAUUAACAUUUAUUUUGACCUAGGAAACUACCCAAGGGUUUGUGUUUUGUAUCUUAAAGAGGAACUAUAAGUUUAAUUAUACGAAAACAAACCCGUUUCAUUUAUUUAUAACUUAAUCUCGUGGUCAACAUUUUUGUUUUAUAAUUAAAAAGUGGGAUAAAUGUAACACAGGGGUGUUUAAAGUUUCGUUUAGAAGUAAGUUUCACAUUUUUCAAUAAAGGGCUUCCUAGGGUCAUGGACUCCUGGGAACGCGAUUUUA